AUGUCUGCAACUAUUCAAAAACUAUGGAAAACUCUGCUCAUUUUAGCUCUAACUUCUCUCGUUGUGUUCAUUUUUUAUUCCGAUGAGAAGAAAAAUGAAAAGUUGAGAGACGAUGAUAUUCCGAUAGUUUUUUAUAAGGAGGCUUAUUUGGAUUACAGAUAUUCACCUCCCCGUAUCCGAGUAUUUUCUAUAAAUCCUUGCCUUCAUAGCCAAAGUACAUUAUUGAUUAAAAUUGGCUCGAAAUUUCUAAAAUUGAGCGGAGAGCCUCUGGAAGGAGAAUGCCCAUGGGCAUGGGCCCCUACCUGCUAUUACAAUUCCUACAUAUUUGAAACUUCUGUAACAGAUUCGGAUUUUCGAAUAUCUGAAAAUAUUUCUAUAAUUCUUCAAAACAAAAAUUCAGACGUUCCUCUGAAAGUUAUCCAUCCAAAAACCAAAGAAGGACUAACAGUUUGUGUUCAACCGGUUUAUUUGUACAGCCAGUUUCAGAAUAUUAUUUUGUUCAUUGAAUCCUGGAGGAAUCAAGGAGCUACACAUUUUAUAGUUUAUUUUCAUUCAUCUACCAAUGAAGUUUGGAUGGUUUUGGAUCAUUAUCAGAGAUUGGGAAUCUUAACCAUAAAACCUUGGCCCAAAUUUGGAGAUGUUCCAGCUAGAUAUCCAGAGAUUAAUUCGCAAGUCUACCGUAUUGGUCACACAAUGGCUGCUAAUUUGUGUAUCUUGAAAAUGAACACCACUCUUGGAACAAUUGUAGAUUUUGACGAAAUAAUUGUUCCAACAACUGGAUCCCCGAAUAUUCUGGAAAGUUCCAGACAAUCAUUGAAAGAAGCGAAAGUUGGAGCGCUGGAAUUCAAGCACACCAGACUUCAAUUGGAUUUGAAUAGCGAGAAAACUGGUUUUGAGAGGAAAUCACUGGAAAAUCCAAUUCUUCUGGAGAAAUCGGGUCCAGUGAAGCUAGUAUUCAACACUUCAUCUGUUGGAAUUACCCUGACGCAUUCUAUCAAAAAAUUCAUCAACAGCUCCUUAAAAACUAUUGAAGUUUCAAUUGGACUACUACUUCAUUAUCGUUAUAAUGGGGGCCAGGAGGCCAUGAGAAACAAGAAUACGAAUUUCAAAAUUUUUGAGAAAAAUUUUGAAGCCCACAUCAGAAAUAUAGAUACUGUAACAAAAUCUAUAUUCCAAGAAAAAAGAAACCUCUAUGAGCCCCGAAUCAUUUUGGAGUUAAAUGAGUGUAUUGAGGAGAUGAGACAAUCUCUGGUAUGUCGGAGUACAGUAGUAAACUGCAAAAGUCGGAUGGAAAAGUUGGUUUCAAAUUGA